AUGGCGCGACAUAUUUCCAUCAUCGUCAUCCUGGCCGUCGCCGGUUUUGUGAUCCUAUCAUUCAACUCUUUCGGUAGCAGGCCAGACCGAAUACCACAGAGUGUACCCGAGACUAGCAAAUUGGGAGAAGAAGCCGUGGUGGUUCCGGAACCCCCUUCGAGUGAUUACAACAAAGAGAAUGUGAUAGCACCAAAACCCCCGGUGGUUGUUGAAUCAACAGAGACAGUAGCCGAUGUAAAGUCGGCCGUCUUUGCGUCCGAAUCAAGCAAUAUCCUCACAGGAGGAGCCAUAGCCCCCAAGCUGGAGAAUGCGACAAUUAAAGCUGAACUCGGUCGCGCAAGCUGGAAACUCUUUCACACCAUGAUGGCGCGAUUCCCCGAUAAGCCCACUCAUGACGACUCGCUCGCGCUCAAGACGUACAUCCAACUGUUCGCGCGACUAUACCCCUGUGGCGACUGCGCCCGCCACUUCCAAAAGCUACUGGCCCAAUUCCCACCACAGACCAGCUCCCGAAACGCAGCGGCAGGAUGGGCGUGCCAUGUACACAACCAGGUGAACGAGAGGCUGGAGAAGCCUUUGUUCGAUUGUAAUAAUCUGGGGGAUUUCUAUGACUGCGGCUGUGGAGACGAGGACAAUAAGGGGGCUGCUGGCGGUGCCGGUACCGAUGCUGAUGCUGCUGUUGAUGCCGGAGAGUUGAAGCUCGAGAAGGACGAGGUUCCAGCAAACCGUUGA